AACUCUACUGACACGCAAGAGAAAUGUAGCCAAAAGAAACCCGCUCCGAGCCGAACAUGACCUCCAUGACCCAACCAGACUUCAAUUCCUUCCCCUCGCCGGUCCAAAGCGAGCUGCAGGUGCGUUUUAGGCGUUAUCAAGCACUGGAAGACGAACGAGAGCGAUCGAAGGAGGAACAAACCCGACUCUCAGAACGAAUCAGGCUUUUGGAGCCCAAAGUACUCGAAGCACGACAAUUUCGGUUCCAUCUACAACACAGGCCUAACCGUCUCUCGCAAGAUCCUGCUCCGUAUCUUCCACUCCGCGCAAGCUGCGACACGAAUGGACUCGAUACCUUGCACGCCCAUCGCCGAAAUCACCUUGACGCACAUUUGUGGGCAUUGGAGAAGAGUAGCAAUCGAGUGUCCGGCUUUGUGGACGAGCUUUUGUGAUAGGCCGCGUGGUCCACGGGCACCCAGGGCGAGAGUCCCGCUGGACCGACUCCAAGCCUACCUCGAACGAUCGCAGAAACAGCCGUUCGACCUCCACUUGGAUUUCGGCUGGUACGCCACCGAACAGGGGAGUACUCUAACGCACCACGGCGACAUGUUGCAAAUGAUCCCUCCUCACCUUCAUCGCCUGCGCCGUCUCUCUAUCGUCUUGAGGCCUUCGACUCCCAUCAUGCAACUCGCCGAACAUCCGAAAAACGUAAGACCUGGACAACAGGCUUUUGUUUGGGGUCAUCGGCAAAUGGACGCAGAGCAUGUUUGUGGGUGGUACUCCUGCACUGCGGUACAUUCACCUCGAGCGACCGAGCCUCUGGAAAACAACGUCGCGCACAUCCGCCUCGAACAACGCGAGAUCGUCGACCCGGACGAAGGCGAGGACUCUGUCAUCAACGUCGAAUUGACCUGGUCCGUCUUCCUCCACUUCCUCCAAAUUCCGACAUUGGAAACACUCUCGGUGUACGGGCAGAUGCUUCGCGCCCCGGAGUGGGUAGGACAUGAUUCAGAUAAGAUUGUGUGUCCGAACCUCCAGCAUUUACAGUACGGCCUCGCACCCGACCCAGUGGAACACUUCCUUCCCCAUCUCGUCGCAUCCAAGCUCGAGACCAUCACCCUCCGCCACCUCACGCUGUUCGGCGACGGAUUACCCGUGUCUUCGGUGGAGAAGACGUUCCCGUCUUUGCGCAUCCUGACGCUGGCGUGUGUCUACGGCACAGUGGAGGGUUUCCGCGACCUCGUCGUACUCACAAACGAGGUGAAGCAUCUUUCUGUGGCGCUUUCGCUGUCUCACAGGGUCCCUGGAUGGAAGGACAGCGUGCUGGAAGUGGUGUCCUACUACGACCCUGUCGACAUGGAUUGGUUCCAAGCCUGGAAGGGCGUACCUAUUAUCAGGCUGUGGAAGAAGGAUUUGGAUGCAUUCGUUGCGGUACAUGGACCUCAAGCCCAGCUCAUGGUGAUCGAGGAUACUUUGGAUGGGGAGUUCCUCCCUAAACAUUGGCCUCCGCAUUUCACCUGGAUGGAGAAUUGCGAGGAUCCAUUUUUGACGAAUUUGGAAUCGACGGAGUUGAGAGGUAGAGCCUGCGAGAACUUGACAAGUUCUCGUAUCGAGUCGUUAUUAAUUCUACCCUACUCGAGUUUAAUUUACAGUAAAAUUAACCUUCCAUCCGUCAGAUUUUGA